AUGGCCAAACCUUCCCGUUAUCGCCAGGCCCGCGAGGACUCUACGACAGUCGACGACAUGAACCGCCCAGCCACCUCCAGCACGGCAAGCGAUACUAACCCCACCAUCGCCAGGAGCAUGUCGCGCUAUCGACGCAGAAGGCCUGGUGCUGAGAGCAGCCCCGCGAUCCCCGGGGCUGCGCUAGCAACUUCUCGCGUCGCGGUUCCAGCCUCCCGUCACGCGAGACACCAGUCGGACGCGGAGGAAGAGCACCUGCGAGAGAAACACCGCCUGGACGCUAUGGACCAACUGACCGGCGGAAACCCAAAAUCUCGCCCGUCGACGCGACCGCCGUCGAUCGAGAAGAGCGCCAGAAGGUCACUCACCACAGAAAACGGGACGUCAACGGUGCAAAGUCGCGAAACUACCCAAGAAUGCCGAGCCAAGCCAGAUCCUUCAACCGACCCGGCGGACCGCAAAUCCUUCUUUCAAAAAGUUGGCUUAGGAAAGCCCAAGGGCGCGUCAGCCAAAGACCAGGCUAGUCCCCGCUAUAUUGGGGUUGGCGGCGGUGGCAUUGUUCCAGGCACAGAUGCGCCUGUGUCGGCCGUUAACGCCGGCAAACGUCACGUUCUAGUGCAGUACGGCAAUGUGUCACUAUGGUUUCCCUUUACUCCCUCUACCCGGGCCUCCGACAUCCUUCGCUCGGCGUCCAAGACUCUGUCUUCUGAGAUAAACCCUGACACUUUCAUCCUGGUCGAAACUUUCCGCCAGAUCGGCCUGGAUCGACCUCUGCGCCGCUAUGAACACAUCCGUGAGAUCAUGAACUCCUGGUCUCAGGAUGCCGAUGGCAAUCGCCUUACAGUCAUUCCUCCGUCCAGCAUGGACAUCUAUGCCCGUCUGGAUGCGCAGCAUGUGCCUUUAGAAAGGCCUGGCGAGACUACCGUAUUAAUGUACUACUCUCAUCGGCCCCGAAGAUGGGACAAACGUUUCGUGACCCUCCGGACGGACGGACAGGUCACCAUGGCCAAGAAGGAAACCUCAAAAGACUCUACCAACAUUUGCCACCUAUCAGACUACGAUAUCUAUACCCCCAGUGCCCGAGCAGCCGCCAAAGACAUUAAACCACCGAAGCGAUUCUGCUUGGCAAUCAAAAGUCAGCAGAAAUCUACUAUGUUCCUAUCCACCGACAACUUCGUGCAUUUUUUCAGUACAAGUGACCGAGCGGUUGCUGACGAAUGGCACCACGCUGUACAGCAAUGGCGGAGCUGGUACCUGAUCAACGAACUUGGAGCCAUCCUACCAACGGAAGAAACGGCCUCUCCCAAAGGGACAUCCACGCAGAGACGGGGCGCUCAACGGCCGACCUAUGAAUCGCCCCUGGUGGAUCAAAUACCUGGAGAUGGGUCACCCCCUCUGCGAACGGCAGGGAUAUCACAAUCAACAAGCGCCCAAGACCUGUUCUCUCGCAAGAAAUCCACCCGAGAACACCCAGCGCCGCCGACAAAGCCUUUCCACGAGACAAUCGCCAUCAAUACCCGGGUAGAUAAACAUCCAGGGCCCGCGCCGCCGCUCCCGGGAAUGAGCCCCGAGGAGGAACCAGAGACGUUCUCUCCCACUGGGCUCUUAGGACGCACUUACACACAGCGCCGAGCCGCUAUGCAGGAACGAGAAGAGCGCGAAAAGCGGGAAAAGCAAGAUCCCUGGCUCUACCCCUCCGGCGCCAUGAUACCAGAGAUGCCCUCACAUCCAAACGGCGCGCCCACAGCUAAAGGGCCCCGCGGCCGAUCGGAAUCAAUCGGCCAAUCGAACAGACCCCUCGUCGACCUCACGCCUGUCUUCCGCGAACCCCCUCAACACACGCGCAAAGGCCGCGGUGUCACCAUCGAAGCAGGCCGGCAACUCAUCGAAGGAGCAACAGGCCCCGAUCUCACCCCGGGCGCGAUGCCCAUUCCCUCCGCGCAGGCAUGGCGGCGGCCCCCAGCGCCCCCGAUCCCAACCGACUCCUCGGCGAUGCCGAUGCGCUCCAACACAGUCCGCAGUACACGAUACGGCUCACAGCCCAAGCGGACGGACACUAGCUCCGCGGAUGCAAGUCCGGUUACGCCAGGGGGGCCUUUCAUUCCGAACACUCUGCUCGCGCCGUCUAAGCAACGGGCCGCUAGCUACGACCAGACGCCGAAGAGCCGGCGGGGUAUGCAAGAUAUCGCGCUUGAAAACCCUUUUGCCGAUGGGGGGCUGUUGCACCAGGCGUAA